CUGUGUUCACACUCGCUUGCAUUGAGCACUUAAAGUUGUCCCUACAAGAUGAAGGUCAGGGGGAAGAGAGAGAGCAGCAAGGAAGAGGAGACAGAGCACUCCGAAAUGGUGGGAUCUCCUGACGUUAGCCUUGCUUCAGGACGAUCAAGAAGACAGGUGACAAGUAGCAAGAGCAGCCGCAUAGCUGCUUUCCAGAAACUCAAAUUGAAGAAGGAGAAGGGAGAGAUGAACAAAUAUGAGUUGAGUGAUGUUGACAAUGUUUAUGAGGAAGUGGAUGAGAGAGAAUAUGCCAGGAGAGUCAAGGACCGGACUGCUGAUCAUUGGCUUGUUGGAAAUGAUGGAAUGUAUGUGGAGGAUGGGAGGGAGAUAUUUGAUGAAGAAGAAGAAGAGUAUGAAGAGGUGUACAAUGAUGGAGACGAGAAAAAAGAUUCUAAAAAGAGGAAAAAAAAAGAGAAAGUUCCCCCUCAUGUUGCAGCCUCAGCAUCUCAUGAUGUCAGAGACAUGCUCAUGAAAAUGCCAUCAAAAAAAAAGCAGGGGGAGUGUACCAUAGCUGGAAGGUCAGGAGAUGAUGAGUCCUUGAUUGCAGAUAUCAUGAAAGACAUCCACAGCUUUUCUUCUUUGAAAGGGAGAGAGAAGUCUAGAGGAAGGCAGCCUCAUGGUCAAGCAGAUAAGAAAGUGAAACUGGAAGAAACUCCACAGAAUAUUCCACAACUAGAUAUGAAAUUUACAAAGAGUCAGCUCAGGACUCAAGAAAAUAACUGUCAUUCAACCCUUCCCAUCACCACUGAAUCUAACAUCUCAGAAGAACCUAAGACAAGCAUGGAAGUAUGUCAUGUGUCUCCUGAGAUGUCAGAGGACUUUUUUGAUGAAGAUCCUUUCCAGACAAAGAGUGUGGAGCCUAUAGUUUCAACUGUUCAUGCUACAGAGGAUCAAUCUUUCUCUAAAAUGAAGGAGCUUGUUCCAGAACACCUUGAAUUGGAAUUCUUGAAAGAUAGCAUCUUGCCUGUUGAGGGUUUGGAGAAGCCAGUUGCAAUUAACCAGGGAACCUUGCCUUUCCUCAUGAAUGAUGAUGGAAAGAAAGUGUUGCAUUUCUUUUGGCUUGAUGCAACUGAGGAGCCCUUCACACAACCAGGAGUUGUAUACCUCUUCGGGAAGGUUCAAGUUGAGGGGGAAAAUGUCAGUGCAUGCAUUGCUGUUCAUCAGAUUCCACGACGCAUCUAUCUCCUCCCCAGAAUCCAGGAUGGCAAAGAAGACCCAGUUCCAAUGGAAGAUGUUUACAAGGAAUUUAGUGAAGUCAUUGCUCCCAAGUACAGAAUCCAGGAGUUCAGGUCAAAAAUCUCGUGGAAGCAUUAUGCCUUUGAACAUCUUGAUGUUCCUCGUCAGUCUCAAUACCUUGAAAUUGAAUACUCUGCCAACAAUGCAGCCCUUCCAACGGACCUGAGUGGGAAGUCCUUCAGUCAUAUAUUUGGAGCUGAUAGUACAGCCUUGGAGACCCUUCUUCUUCACCUCAAGUUGAAAGGGCCCAGUUGGCUAUAUGUUGAAAAUGUUCAACCUGUUCAACAAGCCAUCUCUUGGUGCAAAGUAGAAGGUUGGAUGAAUGGAUGGAAAGGGAUAGAAGUAAUGAAGGAGCAGAAGCCACCACCCCUCAUUGCAGCUGUCAGCCUGGAUCUGAGAGCUGCUGCAAACCCCAGAACAAAACAGCAUGAAAUUGUCUCAGCUGCUGUAAUGAGUUUUCCAAAAUUCCCACUUGACACUCGGCCUACGCACCUCCCACCAGCUGCUCAUUUUGUUGUGGUGACCCAUCCAGGUGAGACACCAUGGCCAUGGGAUGCCAAGAAGGUCUUAGGAGGAAUCACUUCCACUCAAGUAGUUAUGAAGGGGUCAGAAAGAGAGCUUCUAGCAUAUCUCCUGGUCAAGCUACAACAGUCAGAUCCUGACCUAAUAGUUGGAUUUGACAUCUUGGGCUAUGACUUGGACAUCUUCAUCCAACGUCUCAGUGCAUGCAAAAUCCCUAACUGGUCCCGCAUUGGACGCCUGAGGCGCAGCCACAUGCCCAAGACUAGGUCAGCUGGAUACUUGAGCAAAGCCUGUGCAGGUCGGUUGUUGUGUGAUGUACGGAGAUGUGCACGGGAACUGAUACGAAGUCGUAGUUAUGACCUCCCAUCACUCUGUCGGCAUAUUCUCAAGGCUGCUGAUUCUACCAUCCCUGUGGAGAUGAGUCCCAUGGAUGUUCGUAUGGCUUUUGAGUUGGGGAGCUUGGGAUUAAAGAGUUUAAUCCAUGGAACAAUGCUGGAGGUGUAUCAGUGCUUCCGCUUGGCUCAAGAGAUGGACAUUUUACCUCUUGCUCAUCAGAUCACUUCAAUUUCAGGGAACACAUUGAGUCGGACACUACUGGGAGGCCGGUCAGAGCGGAACGAGUUCCUUCUCCUUCAUGCUUUCAUGGACAAGGACUUCCUCUUACCAGGAAAAGUCACAGCAUUCCAGAGACGCAAAGAAGGAGGAGAAGAGGAAGUGGGAGAUGAGGAAAUAGGAGCCAAACGCAGGGGUAAAAAAGGAGCAUAUACAGGUGGAUUGGUCCUGGACCCCAAAAAGGGUUUCUAUGAAAGAUAUGUGUUGUUGAUGGACUUCAACUCCUUGUAUCCUUCUAUCAUCCAGGAGUACAAUGUGUGCUUUACAACACUGCCUAGGAAGUAUGCUUCUCGAAAGGCUUUGGAUCUUGAGUCGGGAGAGGAACUGGCAGCUCUGAGUCCUGAAGGACGUGAGGAGGAGGAUGGAGUUCUUCCCCAGGAGAUCCGUAAACUUGUUGAGUCUCGCAAGGCCAUCAAAGCAUUGUUGAAGAAUCCAAAUCUCCCUCCUGAAAAGAGGCUUCAGUUUGACAUUCGGCAGAAAGCAUUGAAGCUGACGGCCAACAGUAUGUAUGGGUGCUUGGGGUUUGUACACUCUCGCUUUUAUGCACCUCGUCUUGCUGCAUUCAUCACAGGGAAAGGCCGUGAGAUUCUCCUGAAGACGAGGGACCUGGUGGAGAAGAUGAACCUAGAUGUCAUUUAUGGAGAUACUGACUCCCUUAUGAUCAACACCAAUUCAGAAGACUAUCAGGAGGUCUUGCAACUUGGAGCCAAGAUCAAGACAGAAGUAAAUCGGAAUUUCCGAAUGCUGGAAUUGGAUGUUGAUGGGGUUUUCCGAUAUAUGCUGUUGCUGAAAAAGAAGAAAUAUGCAGCAUUGAUGGUUGAAGAUACUCCCUCUGGUAUUUGCUAUCAUCAGGAACUAAAAGGGCUUGACAUCGUUCGACGAGACUGGUCUGGCAUUGCAAUCUCCACUGGACGUUAUGUGGUGGAUACAAUUCUGUCAGAGGGGACUUAUGAGGAGAAGUUAGCAAAAAUCCAUGCGCAUCUGGAGGUGGUUGGGAAGCAACUUCAAGACCACAUGGUCCCAUUAGACCAACUUGCCAUCACAAAACAGCUCACCAAGAACCCUGAGGACUAUCCAAACAAGAGCAGCCUUGCUCACGUUUCUGUUGCCCUUCGGCAUAAUAAAAAUCCUGACUCCAAGAAGCUCAAAGCUGAUGACACUGUCUCAUUCAUCAUCUGUCAGGAUGGAAGCACCAAUUCUGGAGUGCAGCGAGCAUACAGUGUUCAAGAGGUGCAGGAACGAGAGGAUCUUCAAGUUGAUGUGGAUUACUAUCUUAGCCAGCAGAUUCAUCCUGUUGUGUCUCGGCUCUGUCAGCCCAUUAAUGAGAUUGAUCCCCAUAGGAUUGCAGUUGCUCUUGGUCUGGAUCCAAGUCGCUACCUUGCACAGAUGCAGCCACAUCAUGACCAUGAUUCCCAUGCUGAAGACUUCCUCACCGUUGAACAAAAGUAUCAGCUCUGUGAUCCAUUCACACUAGUGUGUGAAAAUGGACACAAGAUGGAAAUGAGGAAGCCUCAAGAUGUAUUGGAAAAACUGGGUAGGUGUCCUGAGUGUAACCGAAGCCCUGCCCUUGAUCACCUGCUGAGUACUUGUCUCAAUCUUCUCACCUUUGAGAUGAGAAGAAUCAUAUCUCUGCACUAUCAGGGCUGGAUGACUUGUGAGGAUAGCAUGUGUGGCACACGAACAAGGCAGGUGAGCCUUAUGAGUGCCUCUCACUCUGCAACAUGUCCACAAUGUCACAAAAGCAAGCUCACACCAGAUGUAAGCAACCUUCUUGCUCAUUCACAUAGUGUGUUCUCACAAAGGGUCAAAGUUCACAAGUUCACAAGUCCACAAGAGAACAUGGCACUCACGGAGAGCACAUUGGCUGUGCUCACCCUCCUUCGGGAAAAGAAAACUAUUCUGUUCAGAGUGCCAUCAACGCAACCACAAACGUAG